ACGGGUUAUUGUGUGGUGCAGCCCAUGGAGCGGAGCUCUCUGAAGAACAGCGACGUCCUCAUCCUAACAGGCCUGACCCGGACCCCACCGCCAACCCGGAUGGCAUGCUGGGAGGAUUCUGCAGCAACCUGGCCAUGACGAUCCGUGCCGGUGCCGUGGUAUUCGUCCGGGGUCAUCUGUGACCUGCUGCAGUGUCUGUAUCAGUUCAUGGACUCGGCUGACCUGGGCAGCACCCCCUUCUACUUCAUCUCCCCCGUGGCCAGCGGCUCGCUGGAGUUCUCGCAGAUCUUCGCAGAAUGGGACGAUCGCAAGCGGCUCGAUGCAGUUGCUUCCACUGAUUCAGACCAAUGAACUGAAGCAUUACCCCAGCAUUCAUGGAGAUUUCAGCAGUGAGUUCCGGCAGCCGUGUGUGGUGUUCACGGGUCACCCGUCCCUGCGCUUCGGGGAUGUGGUGCACUUCUUGGAGCUGUGGGGCAAAUCCAGCCUCAACACCAUCAUCUUCACCGAGCCGGACUUCUCUUACCUGGAUGCUCUGGCUCCGUACCAGCCGCUGGCCAUGAAGUGCGUUUACUGUCCCAUAGACACGCGGCUCAACUUCCACCAGGUGUCCAAACUCCUGAAGGACAUCCAGCCUCUUCAUGUGGUGUGUCCGGAGCCGUACACGCAGCCUCCUCCGGCUCAGCCUCACCGCUCGGACCUGAUGCUGGAGCUGCAGCCUCCACCCAUGUCCUACCGCCGCUGCUCCGUCCUGGGCCUUCCCUUCAGACGCCGCUACGAGCGCAUCCACCUGCUGCCUGAGCUCGCCAGGUCUCUGGUGCCGUCAGAGAUUAAAGCAGGCGUCUCUGUCGCUACAGUGUCUGCGGUUCUGCAGUCCAAGGACAACAAGCACGUUCUGCAGGUCAGUGAGUGUGUGAACACAGCAUGUGUUCAGUGCGACAGCCUGAUAAACUUGAUCUAA